AUGGCGCUGUCGGGCUAUUCCCCGUCUGUGGGCACUGCUGUGCUUGAGGCCGCUGCACACCGGCAGCCCAAGAUCGACCGCGCCCGGCCGGAUGCCGGUGAUCGGAAGGAGCCCGGUCUGCGCUCAGCGCUGGCUGCAGCGUUGCUCGCGAGCGGCGCGGUGGCGGCGCAGCGCCGCAGCCGCAUGAGCCGCCGCUUCCGAGACGAGGAGCAGAUGCCCGCCGACCCCGACUUGCAGGAUGAAGCCUGGUCCUCUUUCCGGAAGAUCAUGAGCAAGACCUCAAAGGAGGACGCUGAAGAUGUCGAGCUUAGCCUUCCCGUGCAUCAGCCCACAGGUUGGAGCGCUUUUCGCCCCGUGAGCGUGGUGGCGGCGAAGAUUUCCGGAAAGUUGAACGCAGAGCUCGCCAACGGCCGCCUGGCGCUGCUGUCGGCCUCCCGGGACCUUCAGGUGGAGGUGCGCGCUAAGCCCACCGAGGAGGAGAUACAAGCCGCCCGGGAGGCGCGGAAGAAGUUCGACCUGAAGGAGCUGCCAAGCGACGAGGGGUACGGCUGGGACCCUGACCAGGUCGAUCAGGAGAAGCCGUUCGAUCCCUCCGAAGAGGUGGGGGUCACUGAGCCCCUGGGCUUCUUCGACCCAGCGGGCUUUGCCCAGGUCGGCGAUGCUGAGGGGUUCCGCUUCAAGCGAGCAGCAGAGAUUAAGCACGGUCGCGUGGCCAUGAUGGCUUCGGUGGGCCUGGUGAUCACUCACUGGGUGCGACUGCCGGGAUUCGAGAUGGCAGGGAACUCUUGGUCUAGCCAGUUCAACACAAUCGUCACGCUGCCGGCGCUCUACUUUUUCAGCGUGUUCAUUGUCAUCAUCCUGUGGUUGGAGCUCAGCAUCUGGGCACAGGAGGAUGACCGCGAGGCUGGCAACUUCGGAGACCCGUUGGGACUUGGCAUGUACACCACCGAGUGGCGCAAUCGAGAAAUCAACAACGGCCGCUUCGCGAUGUUCGCCACUACUGGCAUCAUCCUGGCCCAGACCCUCACGGGGAAGGAUGGUGUCGAACAGCUUGGCCUUUGA